UCCCUCCGAAGUCCCACCCCUCCUGCCGAUGCCAUGGCAACGAGCCGGCCGCCCGCUCUCGGGACCCGGCGGCAGCUGCGGCCUCAUGGCCCUGGGGCCCCUUAAGCUGCUGGUGCUCCCUCUGUUCUUCCUGGCAGGGGAUGCCGGGGGCCAGACUCAGCCCUCGCCCUCUGAGGGAGCUCCCAGCUGGGCCGGAGCAGACCCCCCGGGGGUGCGACUCCGGGAGGCGGGCGUCGUCCCCACGGACCGGCUGCGGCCGGCGGUGGCGAGCAGCUUCGAGAGUGUGUGGGGGCGCCACUUCUGGUUCUGGGGGUUCUCCGACACCUGCUCGUGUGACCUGACACCGAACUCGUGCGACCUGAACUGUUGCUGUGACGACGAGUGCUACUUGGAAGAGUCCAGAAUGAUUUUCAAGGACUGCCUCCCGGGGAGCUACAGAAUAUUAGGUUGGAAAUGUGUAGAUCCUUCUAUAAUGUUCCAAAGUAAUACCCCAUUUCAUGUAGAAACUCUGAUGAUACCAGAUAGUGGUCCAAACUUUUGUAUCCAAGUGAAGAACCCAAUAUUGAACUAUUUCCAUCAUCUUCAAAAGGUGAAUGAGACCAACAUACAAUCUUUGAUAAAAAACUUUGGAGGCAAAUCAUUCUUCUCAGAACCUCCACCAACACCAACUUAUUCUUCUUUUUACAAGGCUGGAGAUCCCAUUGUGAUCUACUUUCCCAAGUGGUCAUUACUGAGUUUACUCAAACAUCCAACAGAAAUAGGUCCUAGUGGACUUUGUACUGACAAUAAUGCUGCAAAAUUCCUGGAAAAUGGACAUACCACCUGUACCCGGUUCUUUAGCAAUCUAACAAGUAGCUGCACCACAGAUCCUUCACUUACAGUCACCUCUUAUCAUAACUUCAUGGUUUUGAAGGUUCCAAAAGGUGUGAUCGAUUUGAAGAACAUGCAGGUGCCCAUAACACUUACUUCGGAGCCCAUUUUACCUCAGCUAGAUGGAAACACUUGUUACAAUGUUGUUUCCCAGGUUAUCUAUGAGAUAGAAACCAAUGGAACUCUUGGAAUCCAGAAAAUCUCUCUCUCUUUCAUCCUGAUGAACCUGUCUGGAGAUCCAGGAGCAGCAUUUCAGCAACACUUCACUAUACGUUUCCAUACUUUUCAGCGUAGAAGACCUGCUGUUCCUUUGGUGAGAAGUGGAAAUCCUGGUUAUAUUUUUGGAAUGCCUCUUCUAGUUUUAAAAGGUGAUACCAGUGAUCCAAUGACUGUCUUACAGAGCCACAGUGAUGGAAGUUGUUCUGUGAAUAGACGAAAAGUAGAAUUUGGGGUGAACAUGAUGACUGGUUGCAAGUUCAGGAUAGAGAACAGAAGCUGUGAUCAUUUACAGGAUGAGAUCUACAAAACUCUUAAUGCUAUAACCAGUCCAGUGUACAUUGGCAUCAUGGGGAACUCAGAGCCUUCCCACAGAGGACACUGGGUCAAGGCCUUCACCCAGAAUUCCAGUGCUCUGGCUAAAAAUUGUACCUCUUGCUGUUGCAUACCAUUUUCCUUGGAGAUCCAGAUAUUAUGGGCUUAUGUAGGCCUCCAGGCCAAUGCUCAAGCUCAUGUGUUCGGAGGCCAAUACCUCUAUCAGUGCAAUUUUAUAACGUUACCCUCAUCUGUGGAAGAAGUAUUUUUGACAACUUUUGUGUCCUUCACUGACAUCACAAAGAAGCCAGAGUUUACAAAGAGUCAAAAAGAAACAAAAUGGGCGUCGAUAUUCAGCUCUCCUUCUCAUUUUCUUGGGGCAAUGAAUGGAGAAAAGGAAUCCCUAAGAAGCUUGAGCGCUUCUGCUGUCUUCUAUGUGUAUUAUUACAUGGCUUUCUCGGCUUAGAAAUAAGCUGAAGAAAGGAGAAUUCACAUUUGACUUUUCCCAGUGAUGGUUCAGAUGGCCUUCCUACGUAUGCUAUAGAAGUGAUUCCUGUUUGUUCAUUAUGACCAAGGAAAACUGUUUCCUUCAUUUAAGGAGCAGGAGCAAAGGAGUCUUUGCAUAUGAUGAUAUUUCAGAAGAGAGAUAACAAAAGUGCCCUCACCUUGAAUUCUUUCUAUUAAAGCUCUAGAUGAGUGGCAGUAAGGCAUAAUAGUACCUGGCUAGACUGGGAGGCUGAAAGGACUUUAACCUCUUACCAUGUAUUGGCCAUGUGAUUCCAGGCAGCUCUCGUGUGGUGUCCUUGCUCUACCCUGGGAAGCACUCUACAAUUAGUAGCUGCACAAUAAUUGCUGAUCUUCAUUGUUAUUGGAACAUAGGCCUAGAUCAGGAAAACACUAUGUAGGCGUAGUGUUAAGAGUUAAAUAUCCUUUUAAAGGAGAAAGUCAGCUUCUAGGCACCCAAAACCAUAUUCAUGUCAUCUGUUACAUGAAUAAGAACAAGUUAAAAUGUUUGCUUAAUGUGACAGUAACUGUCAUCAAGUGCAAAAGGUCUCAGUGCUCAAAACAAAGAAGAAUUGACACUCCAUCUUGGCUCCAUUCUGGACUACUCUUUGUUGCCAACACAAAAAUGGGAAAAGUAAUUCUCUUUCCCUUUCCUCACUGUCUGGAGCACAAUCUCAACAAGGCCAUCUUGUUUGCCCACCUCAAAGGUCAGGGAAUAUAGAUUUUAGUAUUUAAUACUAAAGGACUUGGGGGGGUGAGGACUGAAUUUAAGUUUGAGUCCUGACUUUACUCAUUAUUAAUUAAUUUACCUUUGUUACUUUGGGCAAGUCAUUUAACCUAUCUUAAGUUGUAGUUAACAUAUUUUUAAAAUGAAAAAAAAAUUUUUGAAAUAGGUGACUUCUCAUGCUCUGCCUUUAAAAUCUGUUCCUUUGAUUCCUAAAGUUGAAUUCAUCAUCUCCAGGGGAAAGUAUCCGGGAAUCUCUACUUGGUCUUUGGCCAUUUAGCAUUUUAUCCAAGUAAUUGGAUAAAAUCAUAGAUAACAUACUUAUCAAACUUUCAGUUUGCAUAAAUCUUGGAGAAAAAUUAACAUACUGGAUGACUCAGUCAGGAGCCAAAAAGAUCUUGAUAGCUUAAAACAUUGGGCUACAUCUAAUAAAAUGAAAUUUAAUAGGGCUAACUUAAAAUUUUACAUGGGUCAAAAAAAAAAAUUUCUAAUACAACUAGUUUUAUAAGGCAUGGGAGACAUUCAAGCAAUGUCUUUAUAAUUUAAAAAAAAAACAGGAUACAGUAAGAGAAAUUUCACUCAAAAUAGCUACAAAAUGCAUAAAAUACCUAGGAAUUAACCAAUCAAGUAAAAAAUGUUAUAUAUGGAAAUGAAUCUUACUAUGAAUCAAUAGUUUGCAUAAUACAUGACCCAUAUCCUUCCUCUAAAAAAGCUAAUACGAUCUUAGACUUCCUUCAGAAAGUCAUGGCUUCUAGAAACAAGUGUAUGUAGAAAUGCUCUUUUUUGACACUUAAAUUUAUUAUAAACCCAAUGAUUUUUUUAAAUUUAAAUGUUCAUUUCCCCCCUAUUUUGCUUUAUACAUCUAUGCUUUUAUUCUCUCAUCUCCCAUUUACUUUUCUUAACCCCUUUGAAAUCUCACUUCUGUCCCACCAUUCAACUAAACUUCUCUCUGUGAAGUCAACAAAGAACUCUUCCUUUGACCUUUCCUUAAUCCUCAUCCUUUAAUCCUUCUGCAGUGUUAGACACUGUUGACCAUUUCUUUGUUCUUGAAUAAUCUUUCCUUUAUGCUUUAUAAGGAAAAUGCUGAGGUUGUGAACUUAGGAGAAUGGUGGUACCUUUGACAAAAGUGUGAAAUUUGGAAGAACAGUGGGUUUGGAGGAAAUAUGAUGUAUUCUGCUUUCUGUGUGAUGAGUUAAGUUAUCUCCAGGACAUCCAGUUUUAAAGGUCUGAUAGCCAAUUGGUGAUAGAGGACUAAAACUCAAGGGAGAGAUAUGCUGUAUAUAUAAAAAAAAAAAAGUGAGUUAUCUGCCUAGAGAUAAUAUUAAAUUCAUGAGAGCUAAUGAGA